AUGGCAAUGGAGGGAUUUGGGGGUGAGGAUUGGGAUUGGGAUCAAGUUUGGGAUCAGAAAUGGGAUCAGGGUGAAGAUUGGGAUCAGGAUUGGGAUCAGGAUUGGGAUAAGGAAAUGGGGUCAGGAUCAGGAUUGAGAUUGGGAUCAGGAUUGGGAUCAGGGAUUGGGAUCAGGAAUUCCCCCUCCGCAGAGGUCGUGCGUUUGCUGCUGUCCCGCGGAGCCGCGCUGGACGACGCGGGGGGCCCGGGCUGCGAGGGCGUCACCCCCCUGCACGACGCGCUGGCCUCGGGCCGCUUCCCCGUGGCCCAGCUGCUCAUCCAGAGCGGCGCCAAGCUCACGCCCAGAAAUGCCAAGGGCCAGACCCCUCUGCAGACUCUUCAGGAGUGGCUGGAGAAUUUUGGACCUGAACUGGACUCAGAAACCUGGGACAGCGCCCAGGAGACGCUCCGGAUGCUCCUGGAAAAAGCUCCUCCAGAAGACCCCGACGAGCCCCAAAUCCCAAAUUCCAGCCCCAUCCGGAAACGCCAACGAACCCCAGACACCGAAAACGACCCAAAAAACCAAAAUUUGGGAAAGCCCAGUGCAGAAAAACCCAAAAUUCCAGCAGAAAAUCCCAAUUUUUUGCCCAAAAAAUCCAAUUUUUGUCCGAAAAUUCCAAUUUUUUGCCCGAAAAUUCCAAUUUUUUGCCUGAAAAUUCCAAUUUUUUGCCCAAAAAUCCCAAACCGGCUCUGAUUCCUGAGGAGGAAUUCCUGGAGCAGGAGAAUUGGCUGGAGGACGAUUUGGGACCAUCGCGGAAAAAACCUCGAAGGAAUUUUCGGGGAUUUCGGGAAUUUCGGGAUCCCAAAAACGCCAAGGGCAGAAAUUCCCGAAUUUUGGAGGAUUUGGGGAAUUCAGAGCCCAAAGUUGCCUCAAAUUCCUCAGAAAUUCCCGAAUUUUCUGGGAAUUCUUCAGAAAAUUCGGAAUUUUCUGGGAAGUCUUCGGAAAUUCCGGAAUUUUCUGGGAAUUCCGCGGAAAUUCCGGAACCUUCUGGGAAUGCAGUUCCGACUCUGAGGAUCCGGAUCCGAAUCCAGGACGAGCUUUUCCUCAUCCCUGUGGU